UUAGCAACAGAAAAUAGUGAUAGUUAUGUCAUAUAUAAUUAAUUAAACCACAUUAACCCAAGAACAAAAAAAAAAAAAGGCAGGAAAGACACUUUACUGUUCGUUUCACAUGAUUACAAUUACAAAAGGUUUCGAUGAAAAAAAAACUGAAGAACAACAACGCAACCUGUACCAUUUCUUCAUUCCCGGGAUCUAGGUUUUUUAUCUGCUAAAGUAAAGGAAGUUUUUGUUUUUAAUUGAAUUUAUUAGUUUGGAUUCAAUUGAGAGAAAAGGAGAAAUGGAGGGAUGAGGUGGAGUUGGAGAUGGCGAGAGGGGUAAAAUGGGGAUGCUCGUACAAAAGAACAACUCUAAUGGUUUGUUCUAUUAACAUUGUCGUUGCUCUUUACGUUCUUCGCUCUCUUUAUGCCUCACUCUACAUAUACUCUAAUCAUGAGUUUAAUAACGUUGCAAAGUACACACUAGAUCAGAUUAGUAAGAUGGAGGAAUCAAUUCGGAUUCGAAAAACUAAAGAACCUCUACAGCUUGUUCAAUUGGUAAAGGAGCUAAAGGAGGAGCUCAAGAGAGAUGAGAAGGUAGUUGAAUUGCCAGUGGAUGUUAAACAGAGAAUAACUGAUGAACUUUUGCUGCGGUUGAGGAGUUUAGAUGCUAAUGCGAAUAUUAAGGAGCAGCGAGAAGCUGUUGAAAGUUGGCGCAAAGAAAAACUGCAAGAAGUCAAACAAUUAACCUACGGAGCCGGGGGACUGAAUUCAACUAUUCUUCAAGAUGAAGCUGCAAUGCUAGUAAGAGCCUUGGAGUCUGACUGGGCUGUGCUGUCAGAGAACAUGGGCCUAUGGAUACCUACUGAAAUCAUUAACGAGGAGCAUGAUGAUAAGCCUGAGGGUGAAGAAGAGACUGAGGAAGAAAUUCUACCUGGCAGGCCAGUUCCACCUGAAUGCCAUGCUGAGCUUCAUACUGAUUAUGAUGGUGCUGCUGUCAGAUGGGGGCUUACCCACCAUAAAGAAAGUGCAGCUGACUGUUGUCAAGCUUGCUUAGACCAGGCAAAACAUGCAAAGCCAGGUGAAAAGAAAUGCAAUAUAUGGGUCUUUUGCCCAUCUGAGACAGGAUGCUAUUCACCAGAUAUCUAUCAACAUAAAAACCAGGAAUGCUGGCUAAAAUAUGCUGAAACACCAAGAUUGAAUUUCAAGGACAAGUAUUCUGAAUCAUAUAGAAACUCCCACCCAAAUGCACCACUGGUUGUUCCCUGGGUCUCUGGGGUUGUUAGCGCAUGAUUGGAUUUUACCAACCCAAAUGAUGGUUAAUGUUGAAGUAACUUGAGCUGCAAGGUCCACCAUCUGGAGGUUUUACAAAGAUGUGAAGCUGGCUGUACUGAUAUCUCUGAUUAGGCAUUGCUUACAUCUGGAUAUGGCGGAUUUUGAAAUCCAUUCGCCAUUUCUUUUCCUUUUCUCAUUAGGGUUCUGGGGAAAGAGAAUAGUUGAGGAUUUUUCAGAAGCAUUUUUGUAACAAUUGGUGUGGCAGUCUUGGCACUGGUGAUCCUAGAGUUGGGAAAAACCCGGUGCCUUGGCAAGGUCAUCACUUUUACAGUUAACAUGAAGGACUUUCAUUACGUAUUAGCAUGAGAAGAUCUAUUGGUCAUGCGAGGGAUGAGAUAAUUGAUUUCUUGUAAUGAAUUGAAAAUUUAUGAACAAUUAAGAACUGCACGUUGCAAAUUCA